AUGACUGGUGAAACCCUGAUUUACCCGAAAAAGUCUCUAAGAGUGUACUUCAGUUUCAGGAUCCCUCACUAUAUUUUAGAUGAUUGUUGCGAUCACCAGCUUGUCGAACAUUUGAAAGCACCGCCUUCUUUUGGUUUGAAUUGCUUUGAUUCCUUUAGUAAAAGGACUCAAAUUGUUCAUGAUUUUGCUAAGUUUGGUGAGUUUGUAACUUAUUCAAUCAAAGCACAAUUUAUGGGCGAAAAAUUGAACGCAAAUGAACACGAAUUUAUUUUAUUAAAGAAAACGCAACAUGCGUUUAGAGUUGGAAAAGUACAUCAACUUGAUGAUCAUGUUCCCUUUGGCACUACAAUUGAACAACUCAACACACUUGAGAAAGCUGUUUCUGAUUCUAUUGCUGAAAUAAAGGAAAGAAAGAUGCUUUCGGACAUUGGAAUUGAGAAGGAAAGUGAUCAAAGUGACAUACUUUAUAGUUCAAUUGGAAAGCAAAAAUUCUCCUACAACGAGGAUCCGGGUCAAAUGACUGAUUAUUCAAAGUAUAUGAAUUUUGAUUUUCCCAAAUCUCUUUUCUCGUCUGUUUCUGGAGUUCUUGAAAUCAAAAUUCAUAUUGAUAAGCUUGCAGCUCUUCCUGGCAUUUACGAACUUGAUGACCUGAAUUCUCUGUCAAAUACUAGAGUACCCCCGGUAGUCGAAUUAGAUUUUGAGUUCAAACCAACUAAGCCAAAAAGCAGUUCACAUUGCCCUUCUUCAAUUGAUAUCGAACCAGUGUUUUUUGCCGUUGAUAUGCAAUCCGAAGGUAAGAUACCUUUUGUUUUUGAUAACUCAUUUUUAGCAAUGGAUAAAAGUGAAAUUAUGUCAAAGUUUGCUAAAUUUAAAGCAUAUCAUGAUGAAAUGACUAGGUUACAGGAAACUGGUGUCUGUGUUCCCAACUUUUUAUCAGAGACCUUGAUUUCGUUGAAUCAUUUUGUACACCAUGAAACCCCUGUAAAGGACAUCUUGGAAAGGCAAACUAUAAAGUUAAAUUGGAAUUAUGACCCAAACUCAAAAUCGUUUAAAUGUUUUGCAGAUUUUCCGUUAAAGUAUAACGUUGAAACACUCUCCAGCCAGAAGUUUACUCUAGUUCCAGGAUUCCAAAACUGUCUUUUCGCAAGAUUGUAUAAGGUUUGUUUCAACAUUAAAGCUGGAAAUGGUAAAUGUGAAUCAGUAUCGUUGCCAAUCAGUGUUCACUAA